CGAAACCCAGCCGGAAAACGAAGACGACAAGAAGCCGCAUGUUCAGAAUCCAGUGUAUGAGGUGCUGAAGCAAAAUCGCCCGAAAUACCACAUGCUGGGUGGCUUGUCUUACAAGGCGGCCGCCUUAGCGGACGCGCAUCUCGAGUGUACUGAAUACCUGUUUGCGAAGCCACCAGCGGUGUGCGCGACCCGGAGCAGAUUUGCGUUCGAUGAUGAGGAUAAGAAACGGUUUCUGCAACUACGACCGCAGGGUGAAGAUUUGCGACAAAAACAUGUUGAUAAGCUCACGACCCAGCUGCUCCUGCCGUCCUCUACUUCGGAGAUGUUGCGCCUCGCAAGUGGAGGAACUACAACCGACCGGAGUCGACAGAGAAGCACCAGAUCUGACAGAGAAGUGGUUCUACUUCCAUAUAAUCGGCGUGAACAAGACCACCGCGUCGAGUUCCAGAAGGGAACAGCAUCUUCAACAUCAACGGGCACCAGAACAAGCAUCCAAAAUUCGUCUGCACAAGUACCAGACGCAACGUUCUUCCGCUGCUGGGAGAAGGCAGCUGCUAGGAGUCGGAAUAUUGAAAUGAAUGCUCUUAAGCAGCUUCUGCUCGGUGGAGAGGCAUUGCGACCAGCACGACCAGUAGCGAGGACAAAAAUGUCGUACACAGACAGCUACCUGUCGUCCCUCCUCGAGAGCCAGCUGCUGACCACGCGAGAAACCUGGAAACGACAGGUCGAGUUCGCAAUCGAGCAGAUCGAGAAUCAUGGUCCUGGUUCGCUUGAUAGCAGUGCAACAACUCCGAUCCCCUUUGACGUCCGGCCCCUGUAUUGCAAGCGGCAGGCGCGGUCCCGCAUUCUCUACAUUCGCGUGCGGAACCGGAUGCGGCGGCUGCGAAAGCGCGCGGAAAAGAAGGAUCGCGACAAGCGGCGCCGUAGGCCGCGGAGGCGGAGGAAGAAGAAAAAGAGAGCGUUUGGCGGGAAGAUGAAUAAUAAUCCCAUGUUCGGCAAGAAGGGGCGCAAGAAACUUUCGGAAACCCGGUUCCGCGCGGACCAUAAGGGGCGAAUCUACAAGAUGACCAAGACCAUGAAGGGGAAAGGCCGGGGGAAGCGCGCGCACUUCACCCGCGAACGGAUGGCGGGAAAGAUUAAGAAAGACAAGAAGACCGGCCGGCCGAAGGCGCUGAUUCGGAACGGGCAAAUGUGCCGUUUGGACAAGCGGGGAAAGGUGGUGGUGAGCCGGAAAACCGGGAAGCCGUAUCCUGGGUAAGAACAUCCCCAAACCAUAGUCAAGUUGGGAAAUUUGCAACACAAAUCUCCGAGGCUUGGGAGUUAUGCAUGACAAGUUUGGCCUCGUAGUGGAGUCCUGCUUAGCUAGUUUAGCAGCAUCACAGAUCUAGCGCAUCAUGCUGAUUGGAGCAUGACAAAUUCCGAAACACGACUAGAGAAUGCCUCUCACGGAGCUCCGCAUGAGAAAUAUUUUCAGCAUGCAGAUUUGCAUGGCAACUCUGGGGUGGGGACGUUUUUCCAAAUGAUAAGCCGGUCAGUCGACCCAUCCAGGCACGGAAGAUCAAGUGGAACAAGCCAAUAUCCUGUGCAAAAGUAUCGCACUCGUGGUAAUCGCAGUCAUGCAUUACAAAUCUCCAUCCCAAGAUAUAACAGCAUGACAAAUUCCAUUUGUCAUGCUGACCGAAUUUGUGAUGCGAUUUCUACUAGUACGAUGCUUUUGCAAUGCAUAGCCAAGGCCGAUGGUUCACCCCUGGCGGCGGUGCAAGAAGGCCGGGCGAAGGCGCGGGUGGUACCGGAAGCGGCCCAUCUGGCGGAGACAGGCGGACUGGUGGUGGAAUACGACAGCGCACAACUUCCCCUCCCCCUCAUUUGUAUAGCAUGAACGGCAACAAAAACACCAGCACACAAGGAGCCUAUGCAUGACAAAUUCAUGCGCCUAGUGUAGUACUGUUUGGGCUUCCGGAAUCUGUCAUGCAAACAGUGCCACAGGGAGGCGCGUGGAUUUGGGGGUUUUGCAUGACAAAUGAGGGGGAGGGGGAGUUGUGCACUGUCAUAUGGAAAAUGGAUAAGACAAGAAGGCAUGAAUGGAAGCUCAACAAUGCGUUCGGGGUCCGUUGCUGGAAGACCCCGGUAAAAAAGGUUUGGCGCCGCGCCCUGCUCCCCCGCGGGGCCGGCCCGAAAGGGUAUCCGUCGUACUUCCGAAAAUCGUGGAAGUGGAAGAUGCGGCGGAGGACGGGCAUGUGGAAGCGAAAAUGCUUUUACAAAAUCAGUGCGCACAAGAUCAGCAGAAAGAACAAGAAGCGGUCGUUUAAACAGAAGCACAACUGCUACCUGAGCCGGGUGAUUCUCUUGCGGCCGCGGUAUUUUCAAGGGAAAAACAUGAAGCGCUGGCGACGGUGGCGAUCCCGGAAAGUGAAAUGGCGCUUUCGCAAGUUAAACCGGAAAAGAAAGACGUGGCGGCGCGCGCACCGCUGGUACCAGAUCCGCAAGAAGGCCUAUCGCAAGUUGCGGCACAACCGGAAGAAAACCGUGCUCUGCUAUUUCGACGUGGACGCAUAUGGGAACAUCGUCGGUCGCAAGGAAAAUGGUCUCACUGGCGACUUGGCGAAAAACUACCGGCUGGUGCGCGAGGUGAAGCGAGUCCAGGACAAGGGGAAAACUGGGGCUUGGACCUGCUUCCAUUGCCAGUUUCGGAACGGGGCUCGGCGGAUCACCUGUCGAAGGUGCAAUGCGCCACCACACCAGCUGGUGCAGCAGCCCGGAAGAAACAAUGUGAGUUCAUGUGCCACUUUCGCCCCAACAUCAUGUCGUCCACUACUAGGCACCGCCAGGCCGUCGUGGGACGAUGCGCAAGACUUCUACCGAUUAGCUUUCACCGGCCAGGCCGUGGCGCCGAGCGAAAAUUUAACGGACUGGAACCUGGAUUUGCUGCUCCACGUGGCUACGCGAAACUGUGCCGAGCUGAAUCAGCGGGUAGUAGUACAAGAACGUGUGGGAAAUACUGCAGGAACAGGGCCGAAGAUGACAGAUUCCACUCUGAGGAAAAAGCAAACGCCGGAAGAUGAUCUUCAUUCUGAAGCAGGAGACCACGACACAAAGAUCAUUAUAAACCGCGCAAAAAUGCAACUGCUGAGCCGACGUAAAAAGGAGGCUCGAAAAUACAACGAGUGGUACGACAACUUGUAUGAGCAACAAGUUUUGAAGAGAAAAUCCCGGACGAGGAAAACGCUUUUGGUCCGUGACGACGCCACAGGCGAACUUUUCUGCGUCCCGGACUACCGAAAGGUCCACAAAAAGCACCGGCUCGAGUCCUACAAACAAAUGCGGCGGCACCUGCCGCCGGUUUUCUUCCCAUUGAUGGAAUUGAGUGCGAAAACAGAUCAGUACCUCGCGGAAGUGGAGCAGAAUCUAAAGAACAAGUUCGGGCUCUACGACCGGGAGUUCUGUCCGCGCGGGGCCUUAUCGGUCGCGGAGAUGCUGGAGGACGACGAUGUGAUCUUGUCACAAACUGGUGUGACCCGUCACGUGAAACGGCGACGGGACAGCGCCAUCCCCUGGGACCGCGCCCAGGCGAGCGUGGGGAUGCUAAUGCAAGCGGAACUGACGACCACCUUGGACUACUACGAAAGGCGGACAAGGUACGACGAGAUGCAACUCGUUGUUCCCCGCGGCGGCCGCCAGGAGCUUCAAGGGAAGGAUUCGCGGUCCCCCGAAAAGCACCUGCACAACGAAGACGCGAGAUUCUCAGCCGAAAGGCUCGGCGAGGAGAUUCUGACCCCAAUCCGCAAAGUGGUCGGCCCGCACCUGUAUGAAGGGUGGAAAAACGCCAUUCUGUUGCGUUUGAAACAGGGGCAGCAGCAGUACGAAGCAGGAUCACGACUUCUACGCGAAAAUAGUAAGCCUCCGUUAGUACCAAAGCACUGGGCCGCGUGUGGCCUGCAACUUGCGCCCUGCUUUGUUCAAAUGCAGCAGCAGCAGCAGCAGGUAGUGGGAACAACGGGAUCUGAAUCUGCUUCUACCUCUCCUUCUCCUACUCGGCCCUCGAUCGAUGGCACAGCAGCUUUAUCAAAACCGACUCCACCUUCUGCUGCAAUUUUGCCACAGGACAUCUCGCGCGGGCCGGCUGUGCCGGUGGUGCAGUGGAGAAAGGCGCAGCCUCUUGCGCAAAAGGUUCGAGCACUGGCAAACGGCGAAGCGGUGUUGUAUCGGGAAGUUCACAUACAGGAUCAACAUCUUGAUCAACAUUUUCUCGGUCCGACUUUCAACGGUGCUUCUACUUCCGGUUGCAGCAGCUCACCUGAAGAUGCUUUGGCAAAUGACAGACAAAAUGCAAGAGAUCCAACAGCACAAAACGUACAAGAACUACCGGCAGACGAGCAAAUGUCUGCCCAAGGGCAACCUCCAGGGACAAGCAGGUUCUCCUCAACAAGUAGGCACAGUUCAUCGAAACAGACGAGCGACGUUGUUGACCUGGAUGAAGAAGAUGAUUUGCAGCCUGCUGCUUUGGAUGAAGCUGCGAGGGAGCAUCACAAUGACUGUGGCUCUAUUGCAUCUGAUGCGCCUUCAGAUCGGGUUUCUCUCGUGCUGACUACCGAUGACGAGGAAGAGGAGGAUCAUGAUGUUGCAGAAGAAGUACAACUCUACUCCGCUGUCAAGACCGCGGGAAUGAGAGAGCUGCAAUGGGAAGAGGACCGUCUACUUGCAGAAGAUAUUGAUCAACAGCAGGAAAAAUUAGCGCAGGAGUUCCAGGAUCAGCAAUUUGCUAGUUCUCCUGCACGAACACUUUCGACUUGUCCAUCUCCCUCACAGGAACGAACAAGUGAAGCAAGCAGCAUGUCCCCGCCCCCGGUCGUGCCACCUCAAAGAGCUUUCCGCUUCGCCACGCCUUUGUACAAAAAAUUCAACUCCCAGCGCUCUGCGCCGCACCACCUGCACCGCCUCGAUUACUACGAUAAGAUUCUAAGGGCUAGCUACGAGCAGAACUACCAGUUUGACGACCAAGGCGACCCCGUGCCGACUUUUGCACCGCGGGACGUCGGAGAAGGCGGUGAAAGUGACAGUGAGAGCAGUUUGUCUUCGCUGUCGUCUUUUAACUCCGACGACUUCAUGUCGUGGAAGUCAUCCGACAGCGAUAGCGUGUCUUCGCCCUCGGUGUCAUCUGUUUCUGAUUCCGAUGAUGAGGGCGGCCAACGUAAAGCUAAUGCGAAGAACCUCCGGACGGCGUCUGAUGGCGAUGCCUCGUCCAUCUCCGACAGUGACGAGAACGACUCUAACGAUUCGAACGACCUGGAAGAUGUUCUCUCCCGUAGCCGCAGCAGCGAUACUGUGAGCGAGAUUGCGGAGGAGGACAAAAUUCAGCAGCAUUUCCUGGAUUGGGCCAAGGUGGAGAACCCCGAGGCGUUUUGUUUCCACCACGACGGGGUGAUGCCCCACAGAUCGUACGAACAGGAGCUCAAGGAGGAGAAGCGGCAAGACCGGCUUUUUGAACGCGAGGAGGCGAAGAGGGAGGCGAAAAGGGUGAAAGAAGAAGCGAAAGAACGCCGUCGCGAAGAGAAAAUGGAAGCCAAGAGAAAAGAGCGGAAAGAACAGAAGCGGCAGGAGAGGAAAAAGCAGGAAGAGUCCGUGGAGGGACGGCGGAAUCAGCGGAAUUUGAGGAAAGCAUGGUGGCAAAGCGCGGUGGAGGAGAAAUGGGAAGAAAGUAGAAAGAGGCAGAAACAGGAGAUUGCGGAAGUCGGGUUGAAGGCUGUUGUAGAGAAAGGGCUUUGUACUCUCGGUUUGUCGAAGGUAAAAGAGUUUCUGACAAUGCAGCAGCAAUGGAAUGAGUUUCUGUUGCAACCAAAAACGGACAAGUUUUUUGCGCAGUUGGGCUGCAAGACUCCAGAGGUCGAGCUGCAGUUUCAUCCCGGUUCUUCAACUACUUCCCAGCAGCCGUGUUUGUUGACAACAGGAAAACACGCGCACGAAGAACCGCUUUUCGAGUACGAGCACUUUCAACGCUGGCUGCGCAUGAAAGAAGAAAAGCAAGAUAUCGUGGACCAAGUGGCUUUGUUGGUUCAGCGUGUGCGAUCGAAGCUCGGUUCUGAUCGUGCAAAAAUGCCGUCGCGUCUGUUCGAACUGGCGCUCCAGGAGUUCCAGAGACAACGAAUACUUCGGCAAGGAAAAUACAUGUCCGCGCCAAGUGCAAGUUUGGUCUUCCCAGCAGGUGACCGCUCUCUGAUGUCGAGCAGCUGUCGUGGGUUCGAUUAUAGGGAGGGGCUGUACAACAGAGGACAAACUACACGCCGCGCAGAUCAUCUCCUAAUCGACGAUGUGGAAACGUGGAGCGCGAGAAUAAAUCAGGAUUGCGACGUGAAGAUCGCGCUGCCUGUGCCCGCACAGAAACACAGAAUGCGGGCGAUGGAGCAGCUGGAGCUUGCCCGCCGUGCGCGGCAGUUCAGGGAAGCGGAUAUGUACAGCACGAAAGGGUUCGAAUUCUCUCCAGCCGGGAUCGAAUCUCUGGCGAACUUCUUGAUGCCGUUUCACCGGGGAGAGGAGCACUUUGAGUGGAUGAAGCGAAAGAAAUUGCAGGAAUUUUCCGGGCCUGAGAAUUACUUACAAAACGGCGCGCACAAGACGUUCUCCUUUCAAUCCCCAGGAGAUAAACCGGAUAAUUCUAUGCUCGUACCUCCUCCGCCCGGGAAAAGAUUUUCGACGAACGAAUUUGAAGGAAUAAAUGCACCCUACAUGAUGGGUCCGCUGGCGCCGGCGUGCUUCGGACAUUUUGCGAUUCCGAUAAGCAAUAAACCGGGGUCGGAGCCCGACCCGCGAAGCCAGGAGAUCAUGCCGUCUCUUUUGCGAGCCAGCGUGCACAAGCAACGGUUCGUCCCGUGGGAUCCGGAUCAGCUCGAAAUUCAGAUGGCCAUUCAAACCGCCGCAGAGCAAGAUUACUUCUACACGCUGGCGCGAGACCGGGCCAAGUGGUUCGCCGAUCGGGAAAGACGGAAAGCACAGCAGUUGAGAAUAAAGAGGUACGAAAAUUAUAACGACAACGACGAGGACAACGACUGCUCCUCUGCAGCUUCGGACAACUACGACGUUGCGAGCGACCCAGAGGCUGAGUAUGACGCCCUGGGCAAGGCCGACUUGUUCAGGGACAUUUUGCGCGUAACGGGACCGCUUAACCAGGCCAACAUCGAGCCAAAGUCGCAGCGGUUGUGGAAAGAGUUUGCGAAGAAACUUCCGGCGUUUUUCGCCCAGAGACGGAAAGAGAAGAAGACAAGCAAGACGAGAAGAAAGGUGAACAGGUGGUGGCGGAAGCACCAACGAAAGAAGAAUUUCGGCAAAAUCUCCUCGACGAUGAAGAGCAAGUACAACGCUGGAGUUGUACCAAACCGCAACGACUCAAAGCCUUUUGUAAAGGAAAUUCCGGUGGAAAUGGAAAAGGAAGAGCAAGCUUUGUGCCAUGCAGACAACGGCAAUAAUGACCAUCCUGUCGGCAAUUAUCUUCCCGAGAACAGCCUUGCACAAGAACAUGUGCCGCAGCAAGCCCUCGACAACGUUUUUGCAAUAUCAACAUCAGAAACCGUGGGCACAACUACGGCAACUGAGCUGCACCUGCAACUGAGCACGGCGCCGUCCGAUGGCACCAGAUGCGCGUCAAGUAGAACUCCUGCGACAAGCGAGCCGCUGCAGUUUCACAUUGGCACACCAGAAAAAACGAGAACAGCAGAAGAAGUAGCACAGGAUCAUGGGCCACCACCAGCACAGCACUUUGCGCUGUUUACACCGGAGGAGCUCAAUCAGCCUCUCGUUAUCGGCGCGAUGGAUGAGGACGGAUUAGACAGCUGCUGGAACAACCAAACGUGGUCUUCGGCCACUUCGAGCUAUUCAGAUUCCGUCUAUAAUCCCGCCGCGUCAACGGCAUUUGUUCAUGGCGCGGGAGGAGAUCAUCCUGCAAGUAGUGUCGUCUCUGGCGCCGGCGGCAGUGUUGGCCAAUAUUCCGCCUUUUUCGGGUCGGACUCCAGGCCGGUGAGUCCACGGCAGCGUUUCGCAACUGAGGGUUCCGUGGUCUUUGCGGAAAGCUUGGAUUCGUCGCCGAUCUGCCAGCCAGGACAACGGUUCUUCGAUCCGGAAGUCUACAGUGGAGUGGAACAAGCGGUAUUGCAUUGUGAUCCACCUCGACCACGUGGACAAGAAGAAGACCAAGACGCGCACCAGCCGCGGGGACCUUCAAGAAGAGCAAGGGCUAAUACGCGCGGAAGUCUUCUUUCGAGCCGUCCACCAGCUUCGCCGUUGAGCGUGACCCCGGCACCGUCGUACGAUCCGUCCACGGUGGACCUGCACGGUACCUUUAGUAUCCGCGGAGAAGGAGGGGACUUCGACUCCCUCGCCGCCUCACAGCAGACAGUUCCACUUUACGACGGGGCCUGCACUACGAGUACAACUACGCGAGUUAACAAGAGUGGCGUAUUCCGGAACGAGGAGCUUCUGGUAGAUACCAAGCACGAUGGUCGAGAAGAAGAAGUCGGUGAUAAUGUUGUAGCGGAAAAUUCUGCAAGUGGUUCUAGUUCCUCUUCUGCGGUGGAUCAUCGUUUGCCGGCGAACUUCUCUUUCCAAUCCGACGCCAGCAGCGCCAGUGUCAGUGAAGAGGAUGAUGAAGACCUUCCUCUAGUUGGACAUCAAAAGGAAACACUGCUUCCGAGAGAGGACGAUGACAGUAGCAGCAGCAGCAGCAGCAGCAGCAGCGACGAUGAUAACGAAAGCAGUCUCGACGGCACAACCAAGAAAAAGAAAAAGGUAAAGUCCACACUGAACCCAGAUGCGCAGGAAUUUACCCCCGGGAAAAAAACCCACGGCGGGCCAUCGACCCUGCAACAGUGGAUGCGCGUCUCGCCUCCACAAAAUGACAGCAUUGCUACACCUCGGCUCGACGUAGCGUCGCCCCCGUUAUUGGGCGAAGCCGGCUCUUCGCCAUUUACGCCGGUCAGCGAAGCUCAAGCGGUGGCCUGGGAAAGGCGCGGCGAAGGUCGCGGCCAGAACUCUACUUCGGACGUCGACGAGGACAGUCUGCUCUCCGACUCGGAGCAGGAGGAGGUUCUUUCCGCGCAAAAAAAGGACGCAGCUGCGGAUGAAGAUUCGUCCGAUUCUCUGUCUUCUUUUGAGAAAGAGUGCGAGAUGGAGGAGCAAGCUCGUCGUGAAAAGUAUGCUUGUAACGACGGUGUUUCCCUCGUAGAACACGAGGCUCAGACGACAGGUGGAACAGGAACUAGUGCCCCCUGUAACGAAGAUCUUGUAUGGUGUGCAGCAGACGAGGAUAUAUAUGGAGAACAACUUCUUCUACCCGACGAAGAGGAUAACGAGUCCUGUUCUCGCCUGAGUCCAAUGCACUCCCCCCGCCCGCGUCACCUGCUGGAGCUAACAGACUUCGAGUAUGUUGAUGGCAGGAAGACGACGGAUGAAUACAGAUUAUUCCUGGAAGGCUGCCGGGACUACGUCCACCCGAACUCGUUCGAGGAGAACCUGGACCGAUUUCAGAACCUCGACCGCAUCAACCUCAUGAAAGAGCUUCUAGAAAAGGACCGGCCGACAAGCUGGAUCCGCCGCAAAGCUGAAAAAGACGGGCCGCUUAGUGUCCUUCUGGACUUGCGCGAUGCUGCUGUGGAAGCAGGAAGGUACAAAAACGAAGAGGAAGGCGAAGCAGAAGCAGGAGUAGAAGCCGGAGCAGAGGAAACGAGCAUAGUUGUCCGAGACUACUUCUAUGUUGAACCCGCGGCUCAGGCACCUAUUCCUGGGUGGAACGAGUUCGUUCCCGGUAAUUUCUGGCACGUAUGCUAUAUGUCGCCUUCCACAAUGCCACCCACACAUUUCUUCGCUACCAAUGAAGCAGUCGACUAUGCCUGGGAUAAUAGACAGCUUUGGGAAAAAACGGUGCAGCUAGAGCAAAAGCGGUAUCAACUCGCACAGGACGCCCGGAGCAGAAUAAUGUACGGGGCGGUGGAGGCGAAGAGAAUUAAAGAUGAAUUGAGUGAGGUCGUAGUAGAUACAUGCGCAGCUGAGCAGAUCCAAAAAGCCGAAGACGCGAAGGAGUGGGAACUGCGGGAGCAAAAAGCAAGACAGAAGGCAGAAGAGAAGCGAAGGAGGCAGCAGGAAGCGGAAAAUCAACGGCUCAUCGACAAGUUUGGCGGGAAAGUGAUUCGCUGGUCGGAAAAAACAAAAUCUGGGGACUGGGAAGUCUACUACGAGAUCGUUCCCGACAAAGACCGUAUAAAUGCGCACAAGAGAGAUCAGAAAGAAAUCGCAGGGAAUAUCGAUGCUUUUUACGAUGCCCAGCAGGCGCAGGUCAGCGCCCGGAACAAGCAGGAGGAAGCCCAGCUGGAUCAUGCGCCGCUUGGUCAAGAAGCACGACCAUCGCAAGCCACUGGAAGGAAACGCGCAAUCCUCGACUUAGCAGGGACCGACGACGAUGAUGAUGACAACGAAAGUGAAGACAACUGGUUUCACACCGCGGGAAGCAAGACUGGUAAGAGCACUGCACAGCGAAAAAUACCGCCGAGGCAGAAGAUGAAGCGUACUCCGCCAGAGGAGAUCAUCCCUUGGCGGCGGCUGCUGGACCCACCUCCCCACGUCCAGAAAUUCCUCGACUACACCUAUGCUGUGCAAAAGCAUCGUACUAGUAGAAAUCGCAUUACAAAUUCGAUUAGCAUGACAAAGGGAAUUUGUCAUGCUGUUUUACCUUCGGAUGGAAAUUUGUAAUGCAUGAUUGCGAUCCUUACAAGUGCGACUGCGAUACUUUUGCACAGGAUCACGCCCGCCAAAGAGCGAAGGACAAGUCCGAGGGAAAAAGAAGGCGAAGUUCCGUAUCAACUUUUGAAGACGACGACUCCGGGCCUGAUGCAGCUCAAUUACUAGAUGAAGGACAAACUUUGAUACUCCAGCGCCUGAAAGCCGAAAACAAGCAGAAGAAGCAGCUGGAAAAAGCAAAAAAGAGAGGACGGGUCAGCCGCUGGAACAGGAUGGAUCCGGACGAAAACAUCGACUGCUUUGACGGCGACAUCGCCACCGAGCCGGUCACGCUCGCUCGCGAUUUUGAGGAAGAGGAGUUCGCGGCGUGGCAGCAAGAGUUCGGCGGUCCUGCGGUCGUUCCUUCUGAUGCACAUACAUCUUCCGCACUCGAGAACGACGACGACGACGGGGGGAAGAAUUUUUUUGGCUCUGAUGAUACUAGCGAUACUGAAAGCGAUGAAACUGACAGCAGCUUUUCCUCUGGUGACAGUGACUUCGAGCUCGAGGAGGAAGUAGAGACUGAUGGUGUACUGUUUUCUGCCGUCCCGACCGCUCCUGCUCCGAGACGUAGUACGAGCGCGCUUGUCGUCGCACCGUCUGGUUCACGCGAUAUCAACCACUGUCACGACGACGUCGAUCCUCUGCGCAUGACAACUCUACGGGUCCGCGUCCAAGAGUCGGACACGAGUUUUCGUUUUCUGCGUCGCGAAGCCUCAAUGGGCGUGAACGAACAGAGGAUCCUGAAAAAGGUGACGCAGCCCAGCCGGUGGGCGGACGUGCACUUUGGCGGUUUUGAUAAAGCGGAGAACCUCCUCGAUCCCACACAACAUCCGUUUUUCCAGCGGGAGCAACAGCUCUCUCUAGUCCAGGAGUCCUACCAACCGGAGCCGUUUCUCUUCCCACGCUCGAAGAAAGACGCGUGGAAGUUGCAGUGGAAGACCGCAGAGUGGUUCCAUUUUAAGAAGCGCAACAGGACCAGCAAGGCGAAAUUUGGGAAGAAAUGGCGGAAAGUGUUUUUGAAAAAGCAGAAGCGUGGUCUCUGGCCAAACAAUUUGGACCGCAUGCAGGACUACCAGAUGGAGAAGAUUGCGUACGUUUGUCCCGUAUGAAGUGCAAAUAUGUCUGGGUCUCGAAGGAUGUAAACUUGUCAUGCUGCGCUUGGAUUGUAAACAAAUCUGUAUUGCAUGACCAGCAAGACAAUAAUCCAGUUUGCGCUCCGCGGAGAAGGCAUUUCUUAUGCGGAAUAGGCAUCAGGAGGCCCUGAUGAAAAGAUCUGUGAUGCUAGGCCAUGCAUUGCAGGUGUCAUGGGUCAUCGCAAAAUAUGCAUGACAAACUUGACAAUCUUCCAGACCCAGACAUAUUUGCACUUGAUAUCCCGAUGGUUUGACCCACUACCCCGCUGUGAAAGCUAUGCAUUGCAAAAGCAUUGUACGUAGUAGAAAUUGCAUCACAAACUUGAUGCUCAGCAUUACAAAUGGAAAAAUGGAAUUUGUAAUGCUGGUUUACCUAUCAGAGAGCAGAUUUGUCAUGCAUGACUGCAAUUACAACGAACACGACAUUAUUUUUGCAAUGCAUAAAGGCGGGCCUUGUGCAAGACCACCCGAUCCUUGCGCUCCAGGCGCACAAAGCAGAGCUGGUUCCCUACGACCGUCCGCAGAACGUGAUGAUCAAAAAACUCAAGCCGGUUUUCGAAACGCAAGUGAAAGAGAAGAAGCGGGAAUUUCUCCUGCGCGAAGACAUCCAGCGGCUGAUAGAUUACAAGGGCAGACCGCUCGAACGCAGUCCGCCGAUGAUCCGCCGGAGGCUGCGGGAAGUCGACGAAGAGCUCCAGUGUGUCCAGGAAGAAUACAUCAACGCCAAGAGGGAAGCGGAGCAGGCCGAAGAAGACGAAGAGCGUGCAGCUGAUGAGAUCGAGUUUGGCCUCGAGGAUCUGAUUCAAAUGGUCGGGGAAGAUUCGUUCCACGUCCAGGAGCUUCGGGAAAAGCAACGAGAGCAGUUGCGGGAGGAAUUCCGGCAGGAGAAAAAGCGACGGUCCAAGUCGGAACGGCAGCGGUACCGCGAGGAGCAGGAGAGACUGGAACGGGAAAAGCAGAAACUUCGCGAGAAAAACCAGUUUAAACGGGAGCAGGACAAGAAGGUGCGGGAAGCGGAAAGACGGCGGCUGGAAGAAGACUUCGAACGCUUACAUGCCGAUCGACAGAGCCUCCGGCAGCUGUGGGUGGACGAGAAGGAGCGGCGAAGGAAAAAGGGCUUGAAAAUCUUCGACAGCGACGACGGGAAGGACACGAGUGAAAGCAGUUCCGAUGAGGAGGAAAAUGCAAGCCACGACAUGGUAAACCUUCGCAAGCUUCUGCAGUUGGGGAAUAACAAGGAGCGCAGCUCUCGUGGUGAGCGACGGCGACGAGAAACAAGGUCCGCUCGGGGAAAUAAAACGAAAAAUAGCAGCACCUCGUCUUCUAGUAGUUCGAGUUUAGCAAAGGAAAAUGAUGAGGCGAGAAGUCGUGCCUCGCAGAAACUCGAAGUUGGCUACCUCUCCAGUUCUGACUCUUCCGACAAUGAUUCGGUCAGCACUGAGAAUGACGACUUUGACGAGCAACGCAUUCUUCUCACGACAAAACCGGCGAGAACUACACCAGCAGCUUCCGGGUCAUCUUCCGGCGGUGGUACAAGUAGAACAACUCGUACAACUUUAAGAACUAGAGUCCCUCGUUUCAUUGACCAGCGAACAAACUUCGCGAAGGAUGUGGUCCAGAUGGAGCAGCGAAGGGAUAAAAUUUUGGAAUUAAAGCAACGCCAGGCGGCGGUGCGCCGCGAAAGGGAGAGAAGUUUUCUCGGUAGAAAGCACAAAGCAGCGCAGCAAAACCAAAACUACUCAUCGUCGUCCGGAGAGAAGCUGCAAAUCACGACGUCAGCUGGCGCGCCGAACAAGCCGGUAGUUGUACUCCCGCCGCUCGGGUCGUACCAGGCGCGCGACGCACAGCUCCUAGUAAAGGUGUUCGCGGAACAAUUCGACUUUUUCAGCACAAGAACUUCUUCGUCUUGUUCGUGGUCGCAAGCAAGUGGUGGAACGAAUUUGACCGCUAGGUCUGGAGCCACUGCAGAAGUCGAACUCCUCCAAAACCUUGUGCAGACGACAUGGCAAGAGAUCCAACUGGAAUACAAAUCAGUCACAUUGGAAGAGCGGAAGAGGGAAGAAACAACAGCGAUGGCGAACGAAGAGAACCAAAAACAGCUUGUCAAAGCCGAGGUCAGAAGGACAAAAGACGUAAUCCGGCAGCGGGAAAAACUCCGCUACCUGCAAAGGCGGGAGCGGAAACUACAGAACAAGCGGAAGAGAGUGGAUUCGGAAAUGGCAGAAAUGGAGAUGAAGCGGCUGCUGCAACACCGGGCGAUGGCGCUGGCGAAGUUGAAAGAUUUGGAACAAAUAGGCGUUGGACCACCAAAUAGUGCUACUUCGGAAGAAAUAAAUCAGAAAACUUCAAACGACGACCCCGUACCACCCGGACCAGGGCAGGAUGAAGAAGACGACAGCUCGAGUCUGCCUAGUAGUCGUGCCAGUUCGAGCUCUGAGGAUUGGAGCGGCCCGCCGUCUACUGAGAGUGAAGCAGAAGAUGGCGAAGAUGUAGAUGGAGGUGUUCCUCCUUCAUCUCCCGAUGUUGAGGACCACACUGUCACUGUUGACCUUUCUGCAGCACCUAGUUGUCCUAGAUCACCACCAUCAUCCACACCACCUUCAGAUGACGGCUCUUCUGACUUGCCAAGCGAUAAGUCCAGCUCGAGUUCUUCUGACCGCGUUGGAGACGAUAUCAGCGAAAGCAGCGCUAGUGAUAGCGAAACAGAUGGUGGUCCUGCAGCCAACGAGGAUAACAAUAAAUCGCUCAUGAGAAGAACAUCUUGUGAGAAGAAGUGCGACGAAGAACCGCUGCAAGGAGAGUAUACCGACCAGCACAGCACGGAAAAAGACGAGAAGUCUUCGCUGCAACGGCCACCAUCUCCUCCGCCACGAGAACUCAUUUUGACACUGAAUCCGGAAUGGCUGCCAUUCUUCGUGUAUGAAUUGCAAUAAAAGCAUCGUACUAGUCGUAAUUGCAUUACAAAUUAGCUCAGCAUGCCAAAUAGAAUUUACCAUGCUGAUUUACCUUGGGAUGGAGAUUUGUAAUGCAUAAUUGCGAUUACUACGAGUGCGAUACUUUUGCGCAGGAUAUUGUGGAACUGCAAGACUGCGGGUUGCUCUCCCUUGCGAACUUUCUAUCAAAUGCAAAAAUGUCUGGGUCUGGAACAAAGCAACUUGUCAUGCUAAAUCGGGUUCAUGUAAAAAUCUGUAUUGCAUGAUUACCCAAAGCUGUCCACUUUUGACCUAAUCGAGAGGCAGUUUCUCAUGCAGGAUGGGCAUGAUAGAACUCUCAAAGAAUCUGUCAUGCUAUGUCCUACAUACGAGACCUCAUGGGUCAUGAAAAAGCUGCAUGACAAAUCUCGCAUUCUUGCAGACCCAGACACUUUUGCAUUUGAUACUUUCCGGGUGUAAGCGAAAUCCGGGUGGCUGAGCCUGGGGACUACAUGAUGAAAAACAAACGGGCGACAACUUCUUCAGGGCGCACGACUGACAUGUUGUCCGCGGACUCGCAAAUGGACGAGUUUGAAGACCUUGACCCGGAGAAAGCCCACGAAAUGUUUCAGAUAUCGAAGCGGCUCGCGGAAAGGAGCUUGUUUUUCCGACGGGAAGAGUUUCGCCAGAAGAGGAGAACAACUACAGAGCGUAAAAGUACAUCGGAAGUUGGCGUGGACAAGAAGAGCAGCGGUAUAAUGAAAUCUCACAGCCAGAUGAACAUCGUCAAGCCUCCUGCUCCAGCGGAGGAAGGAUCUCCGUCCAACCCGAGCAGCGCAGGGGCGCCGAAGAUACUUGAGCCUCGGGUUCGCACGACCGUAGAAGAAGACGUUCUUCCAACACAAGCACAACCGUGGAGGAUGACGAAAGCGCAAGACCGCGCACGUGCACGCACUCGAGCCCGCGAAAACGAGCAAGAAUUGCGGGACUUCAAGUACAAGACGACACACGCAAUUUACGAAGACGCGGCUCGCCGAGUAGGGUCUUUGGUGGACAGUGGCCACUGCUCCGUGACGGAAGCCUGCUGGCAUUACGGCUACAUCGAAAUCUGCAAUUUUUUCCACCGCGCGGCCAAGGACCUCUACUGCGUAGUAUCCUCCACCUCGAGCAGUAGUUCUGGUGUCGGGGAUAGAAAUUUUCGUAAAAAUCCAAAGUAUCCGUACCUCAACUAUGUCGAGGGACAACUACCGUGGGGCGGGCUGCUCGAACGCGGCCUGAAGAGAGACGCAAGGCUGCUGGCACACUUCGUGUCAUCACCGGGUGGUCGUGCUGGUAACACGAACGCCGGUUCAAUGUCUUCUCGGCGGUUACAACUUGAAGCUACAGCGCUUCUGUGUGGGUUACGUGGCGAUGCUGCGGAACAACAGUUCUUUUCCUGCUGGCAAGAACAUGAUCGAGAACGGCAUAAAGAGUCAUCAGCUAGAACUACCAGGAAGGCCCGUAGGAUCGCUGCGGAGGAGCUCCGUGAGGAAAUCGAGUCCGCGCGCGAGGACUUCCUGUGCGAAGUAUUGCAGGAGGUCCGGACUGAGAAGCUGUGGGACGACGUCGACCGGGAGCCAAUGCCAGACCAACAGCCUCCACGACCUGUCGGCGUCAAUAAAACUACCGAUCAUCAUGCAGGAGUUCUUGUACGAAAAUCUUCCACGAUGAUCGCUGAUCCAAGGCGGAUGUUGGAGCGAGCUGGUCAGCGCAUUCUGCAACGCGAGACGUUGUUUGCACUAGGGGAAGAAUUAUUGUUUCCACGUGAUGAAAAUCAAACUGGAAAUCCACUGUCGACGAUGAUGAAUUCUGUAUCCACUGCAAAAGAAUCGUACUCGUAGUAAUUGCAGACAUGCAUUACAAAUCUUGUUCCUAAGCUAAAUCAGCAUUACAAAUUUUAUCUCUUAUGCUGAGGAAAUUUGUAAUGCAUUUAUACGAGUACGAUACUUCUGCGGAGGAUAUUCUGCGGUUCAACCGGAUUUCGGUUUGUUUUCCUCGUCUAGUACGAGAAAUAGUGCUUUGCACGACGACGUCGUCGACCCUCCAUCCCUCACCGACAUCAUCGACCUGGAGUUCUGCUGGACACUGGCCAGAUACUUCUUCCGCCAGUAUGCCCUUUGCGAAGAAGGAGGACGAAGGACGUGGUCUUUUCGGGGUUUUUCUUCCACCUCCUCUGCACCACCACAAUAUCACUGGAUACUACGAACGGCGCACUGGUCCCCGGAAGAGCGGCUGCAGUUGUUCCAGGCCCGGGUAAAAGAACAACUCGAAGAUCAUAGUGUGCGGACACUGAAAGAAAUUUCCAGAACUUGAUGAGAUUCGUUCUUGUGGAAAAUAGAAAAAUUGGUGAUCUUAAUAUGUUCUGUAAAUAUUUCGGAUCUUCCAAUGUCGUGUCGUAAGGCUUUUCCACCAGAACCUUCCAGUUGUAUUUCCUUUUUAUUUUUAUACGCAAAGUCGUAUGGAAAUAAACUUCGACGGAUUCAGUGAAGAACGCCUUGCAAUCUAUGUAUAUCAAAUAAACCGUCGAGGCCAUGCGGAUUUUUGAAGAUUUUUUUGAUGUUUAUCAAGAUAUUUAUUAUAUCGGCGCUACUUCUUCCCUCUGGGAUUUUACACAGCAAUAUAAGACACACAUGAAGAUCAGAGCACACCUGAGGAACAAAACAAAAUAAACGAUACUUAGCUUCGCGUUACGCAAAAUCGAAAUUUUGCUAAACGUAAAUCAUUCUUUCACUACGAUUGUGUUGAAGUACGAGGUUAUUGUCACCUCUUUCUACGUAUGGGUAUGCAAUGCAAAAGCCUCGUACUAGUAUAAAUUGCAUUACAAAUUGGAAGCCCUUCAGUACAAAUUUAACUAUGCAAUGCGGAUUUAGAUUUACCUUGAGAAAGAGAUUUGUAACGCAUAAACUGCGAGAGUGAACCUCUAGGCACAUUACCACGGCUUGGUCCUGGUCCACCUCGCAGAAAAACCGUCCUCACCCCACUCUAAACCUUACACUUGCUUUACACCUACUUAUAGCGAAGAUUUAGAACCUAGCUCAGCUGUGCUGUUGAGAUACAGAACAUGUGAUUCAGUUUGAUAUAUUGAUAGAUAGAGCUGAGUUUGAUAUAUCCAUUCAAGCAAUUGAAUCCAAGAAGUUGAGCACUUCUACAUCAACACCAAGACCCGUAGUUAUCAGGACAAUAUCAGAAAAUUUUCCCAAGAAGACUUUAUUUCUCAAGACGCAACUAUUUUUCCCUCUCUGUUAUUUCUCUAGAAUUGUCGAUACACAUAGAUCACGCAACAGUACCUACGCUUAAGAUCAGCCAUUGACGACUAUCCUUCCCUGCGUAAGCAUCUGAAUUUGGUAUGACUAGGAAAAUAAAUCUCGACGUAUAGAUACAACGUACAUUGGAACCACUCAAUAAACAAACAAAAUAAAGAGCAAGAAUAUUUCUAAAUACGCUAAACUCCAAUUUUAGUUUUUAACGCCUGCUCAGAAUCAAAUACAAAUUUCGAAUUUCUCAUUUACGCAUUUGUAUUUGUUUAGUGGGAAGAAACCCGGAAAAUGAAAUAAUUACAGCGAUAGAAACCCGGAAAAUGAAAUAAUUACAGUGACAACAACCUCCUUCUAUUCUCGGAAAGCGAAAUAUAACUACAGAAGAAAACAACGACGAUAUGUUGACUGCGCAAAGUUUUAUAUUUAUUCGAGGUACAAGUACCUCCAAACUAACCCCUCUACGAGUACGAAGUUGGUCGUGUCCGUCUCCGCGUUUCCUGCUUCCAAUGACGAAGUUGCACCGCAUAAGUGGGCGUCAGAAAUUCCUACUGCCCCAAAUUUUGUUUUUGGGGCAGCAACAUUAUACGUAAAGGUAAGAUACUAUGGCAGCGUCUGAGUGAUUACUGUCAAGGCGAUUCAAAAAUUCCCAUUUCAAAUUAAAAACAUUGCAGUAUCAGGUGCUCUUUAGGUGUUGUUUCGCGCGUCGCGUGCGCGCGUACAGGUGCCGUCUCCCGUGGUGGUAGCAGUUGGAGAAGAGUACGCAAGUCAAAACGAGCGCUCCAAUUUGAGCUAGCUAGAUAAGGCAACUAGUUUGGUCAUGCUUAAGGUGAAAUCAGAGGCCGGAAUAGGCCCUCUGGAAGCGGGUUCGUUGCUGCUUGCCCAGGUGCCGGCUGAUUGCUGGUUCCUGGUGCCCCGUCAUGGUAUGCUUUGUUUUUCGUCAUAUCAUCGGCGGAAGGCAUUUGCGGACCUCUCUAGAGACCUCUCAAUGAGCCUCGGACUGAGCCUCUCAAUCACGCUGAGAAAUUGGCGCUCAGAUAGAGGCAAAUUGAUAGGUCUAAACUUCCAUUUAAAAACCUCUGUUGAAUCGCGGCAGCAAAAAAUGCAAAUUUUUGACGGGGCACCAGCGGCAACAGGCGUGGCAGGAUACCUUACAAGCGGCGCUAUUGGCGCCCAUAUUAGCCUCAGCUACAUGCUUACUUCAUACCCUAUUUAGACAUCCUCUGAGCUGCCUUAUCUAGCUCGCUCAAAUUGGAACGCUUUUCAUAUGCAUAAAUUGGAGCCCGGAUGUUGACGCACCACCGGAACCGCGACGGCAACCACCCUGCAGACCCGCGACGAAGAGAUGGAUACAGCUUGGGAUAAGAGUUGUUUUUAAAUUGAAAUGGGAAUUUUUGAAUCGAUAAAACAAUAAUCACUCAGACGCCGCCAUAGAUACUUUUACUUUUACUUUCAACUUAUUUGCGUCGGAAAAUCAAAUUACUACUCUAAGUGGGACACCGUGCUGCUACGGGCAGCACGGAAAAUACGCAAUAAGUAUAAAUGAAGCUGGUGACAUUGAUCAUCAAGCUCAGAGUUCUUUUCUAGGCUGCUUUAUUUCGCAGCGAUGAAAAUGCAAUAGAACGGCACCGCAUUUUGCGAGUCCGUGAAGAAGUCGAAAGUGCUGCUAGUUUAGUACCACUUUCGGUUCUUGCUAGUAGUAUUCUCGAUAUUUUUUUUUCAUGUUUUUGCGCAUGUUGCUUUUUUUCAUAUCACGCCAAAAAACAUGUAGUUUUUGUCUACAUCAGUAGAUUUUGUUUGAUGUGGAGUUGUAUCUAUGCCUUUGCCCGUGCCCCGCACAUAAUAUCUGAAAAAAAGAAAUAGAAAUGGCAAACAUUUUAUAUCCUUCUGCAAGCACAUGCAAUAAAAAGGGCUUUGUUCACUCCGCGUCAAACCAACUGAACUCAUUCCAUUCUUUCGAGCUCGACAAAUCUUUCUACGGAAGAGAAGCAGCGAGGUGUUUCCUGCGGUAAAAACAG